CUAAAACGUCAUAGCUGGCGACGUGGCUCAAAUACGUCUCACCGCCGAGCUAGCACCGGGGUUAUUCAAACGGACUAACCAGUUGCUUCUGGACCUCAAACGGCUCUACUACAUUUUAUUUCUAAAUUCUUUGACCACACCGCUGGGUCACCAUGUCGGGGAAAGUGAAGAACCGCAAUGCUGCUAACGUUGACUCCAUAGCUGGCGGUGUCUCUUGUGACGAGCGCAUUUUGCGGGACAUUCACCAGAUAUACACGGACUCUGACAGCGGGUUGAUUAUAGUAGCAGAAUCAGUAGGUGUGAAGCUGCUACCACCCAGGAAAAAGAUCACAGUGAUGCUGAUGGGCAACCACUCUGCUGGAAAAAGUUCCUUCAUAAACUGGUAUGUGGAGGAACACAUCCAGCGCACUGGGGUGGCCAUCGAGACGCAGGGCUUCAGCUUCAUCACGAGUGGCCGUAAAAGAGAAUCUCUCACGGGGAAUGCAACACUUCAUCUGUAUCCACAUUUCAAGCCACUGCAGGAAUUUAAAGGUGUUACAGAGUAUCUGAGCACAGAGAUCUGCACAUCUCGGCAGAAACGUUUCAGCUUGGUGACAUUUGUCGAUUCUCCGGGUUUGGUGGACGGCGACAUGAAAUAUCCGUUUGAUGUGGACGAGGUCAUCCUGUGGCUGGGGGAUCUCUGUGACCUUAUCCUGGUCUUCUUUGACCCCAUGGGUCAAGCUUUGUGCAAGCGCACCCUGAACAUCGUUGAAAGCCUGAAUGAAAAACACAGUGAUCGGCUGCGGUUUUUUCUGAGCAAAGCUGACGAAGCCGGCGGAGAGUCGGACAGACAGAGGGUGAUGAUGCAGAUUGUGCAGGAGCUCUGCAAGCGACCAGGACUCAACAAGUGUGGCUUUGACAUGCCCACUAUCUACAUCCCCAAUCCAAACAAGCCCAGCCGCUGUGUGAACCAGAUCGAGGAAGUUUGUCGUACCAUCGAGAAAACCAUCAACCAGACGGUCCAGAAUACACUCAACUCUCUGGAGAGGGACUGUGAGCUCAUCAGUGAGGCCAUCACAGAUAAGCUCAGCACAGAUAGACAGACCACUUUUGAUAACCGACGUGCACGCUGUAAGAGCUGCUUCCUGACUCUGCUGGGUUUCAGCGUCCCACUGGCCCUGUUGGCCCUGCUGGUUCUGGGCUCCAUGUCCCAGGAGCUUCUGGAGAUGGCGUUGGGCCAUCAGGGAACUGAGGCACUAUCCCUCUACCUGACUCCCAUAGUGAGAAUAUUUGACACCUUGUCUGGGGAGCAGCAGCUUUAUGGCUGUGGAGGUCUGGUCCUUCUGUCCUUCCUUCUGCUCGUCAUCGCGCACUUCUCCUUCAGGACUCAUCCGACUCUUUCAGGCAAACAGAAAAGGCAACUCCAGGAAAAACUGGAGUAUGUCCAGGAUGUGAUCAAGACCAAAAAGAAAAAGCUCUAUGAAGAAUAUUUACGGCAGAGUGUCAGUGAUCAGGACAUGGACUUGUAAAACAAAGCCCUUCCACUGUGACGUUGGGACCAGUUUGCCAAGGUUUCACACCAGAUGCCAAGUUCCAUGGACCAGCCAAUGAUUUGUUUAUUUUUAGUAUUUAGCACGUGACCCGCUGAGAAACCAACAUGAAGAGCCUCUAGGUUCUUCAGAGUCAGUUUACCUCUAACGCCUGUUACAAACACUACCAGCAGAUGAGCUGAGCUCCUUACUCAUGAGUUCUGCUGAGCACUUCAGUGCUUGUAUCCUGUGCCUCUGAUCCACCAUUUUUAUACCACUUUACAAUAAUGAAAAUGCAUUUCCAGACUAUUUCUACCAACAAAUAGCACUGACAUCAUGACUCACUUUGUAUGAACUAGUUUUUGAGAAUAUUUAACAUAUUUUCUUUUAUUUUCAAUUACUUGUCAUGUGGUUACAGCUUUGUGAUGAUACAGGAAAUGUCUGUGGUUUAGCCAGUCUGUAGGAUCAUUACGUUUGUGCACAAAUUCUGUAGUUUUGAUUGUUUAUCAGCAAUCAGGAUUAUUGUCUACAUUGUGACAAUUUUAAACUCCGCUGAAUAAAUACAUUAAAGCUG